AUGGGAAGAUCGCUGACCGGCACCGUUAUAAUCACGGGAGGUAAUGGACAACUGGGGUCAGAGAUCGCCAUUGCCAUUGCCAAGACCCAGCCUUUUGCCCAUAUACUCUUGACGGCGCGAGAUAUUAAAGGGGCAGAUGUUCGCAACCUGAUCGCAAAGGUUCGGCUCAUCGGACCGCGAUCUAUCGAGGUCAUCAGCCUCGACUUGAAUGACUUGAGAUCAGUGACCGGCUUCGCCCAAAGUACAGUGGAGCGAGUGCGAAGCAACGAGAUCCCGCCGUUGGUCGAUCUGAUCCACUCCGCUGCCAUUGCAUCCUAUACUGUCGAUGAGCUGACACUCGAUGGAUACGACCCAGUAUAUCAGACCAACUGCGUCGCCCCAUUCUUCUUGACCAUCAGUCUUCUCGAGGCCUUCCGCGCUGGCAACGGAACCCCCGGCGGAGGCGCGAAAGUGAUCAACAUUGGCUGCUCAGCAGUUUCCUAUGGGAGAUUAGACUACUUCGACCGCGACCGGGGGCGAGGCGAUCGGCGGCUAGGCACACCGAUAAGCGCGAAGGAAGGGAACGUCCGGUAUGGAAGCAGUAAACUACUCGCAAGCGUGGCAUUAUAUGCACUGCGGCGGAGUUUGACCAGCACGGGUAAAAUCUCCCUCGACAUCUUCACUCUGGACCCCGGCGGUAUGGCCGGCGAGAGCAACCUGCGAUCUGGGGCUCCUCUGUCCGUCAGAGUUGCACACCAAACACGGUCGGGGCUGCGGCCCUUUCUGCGCAUGUUAUCCAGAAGCUCGAUGAACAAGGCCAAUGUUCCCGCCAAGGUGAUCGCUAAAGUCGCAUUUCAGCGAGACGCGGUGGAGACCUGUCAAGCGGAGCGGUAUUAUAUCUUGGACAGGGAGUAUGAGGCCGGAUCCGUCAUACCUACUCUACGGAACGGGUCCCAGAUGGGGAAAGUGUUGGUUAAAAUGAUGCAACAGACUGAAAUCGGUGGCAAGGGAACAAGAUCUACGGGGUCUGUCAGCCCUGGAUCAGCACUGUGUUGA